CCGGUGUGCGACGUCAGCAUUGUGCGACCGGUCGGCAAUGGGGUCUCCGCUGGGCUCGGGAGGCCCGGACCGGCUCCUAACGGCCCUCGUCCGCGUCUUCGGCUUUCAGUCGUUCCGCUCAGAGCGGCAGGAGUGCGCCGUCAGGGCGGUGGUAAGAGGUGAUAAAGAUGUCUUUAUUUGCAUGCCAACAGGAGCAGGGAAGUCUCUGUGUUACCAGUUGCCAGCUGUGAUUGCUAAAGGUGUAACCAUUGUCAUCUCUCCACUGAUAGCACUUAUUCAGGAUCAGAUUGAGCACCUGCACAUCCUGAAGAUACAAGCAUGUUCCCUGAACUCCAAGAACCCCCUUGAGGAGCGGAAGAAGAUCUUAUCUGACCUCCAGUGUGAGAACCCCAGCAUCAAAUUGCUCUACAUCACACCUGAGAUGGCUGCCUCCAGCACUAUGGGCCCUGUCAUUGACUCCUUGCUGGCCCGGAAGCUCCUAGCGUACCUGGUUGUUGAUGAAGCACAUUGUGUAUCACAGUGGGGGCAUGACUUCCGCCCUGAUUACCUCAAACUAGGGCUUUUACGCAGCAAGAUAUCCAAUGUCCCCUGUGUAGCUCUGACUGCCACAGCCCCUAAGCAAGUGCAAGACGAUGUUGUUGCUUCUCUCCAGCUGAAAGUGCCCAUUGCAAUUUUUAAGACUCCGUGCUUCAGGGCGAAUCUAUUCUACGAUGUUCUCUUCAAAGAGAUUCUGAACCAGCCAUAUGUAAACCUAAAAGGAUUCUGUGAAAAGGCUUUGGGGACAAAGAAUUCUUCAGGGAGGUUCAGUGGUUGCGGCAUAGUUUAUUGUCGGACUAGGAACUCGUGUCAAGAGGUAGCAGAGGAGCUGACAAAGAGAGGAGUGGAUGCUAAAGCGUACCAUGCAGGGCUAAAGAACUCCGAGCGUUCAACAGUGCAGCAGGAGUGGAUGGAGGGCAAGGUGCCAGUGAUUGUGGCAACCAUCAGCUUUGGAAUGGGUGUGGACAAGGCAAAUGUUAGGUUUGUUGCCCAUUGGAAUAUUGCAAAGUCAAUGGCUGCUUAUUACCAAGAAUCUGGCCGAGCAGGAAGAGAUGGGAAACCUUCAUUCUGUCGAGUCUACUACUCCAGGACUGAUCGUGAUAGUAUCAACUUUCUGAUCAAGAAGGAGAUCGCACAAAUGCAGAGCAAGAGAGGCUGUGUAAAAAGCUCAGACAAAUCCUCUAUGGUGGGCUUUGAGGCUCUAGUUUCCUUCUGUGAGCAGCCAGGGUUGUGGGGAUGUACUUCCAGACAUCUACCAGCACUUACUCAUCAUUAAGAUUCCUUUAAAUUGGAUAGGCUGCCACAAUCGUUUUAUGAAGCUUCCAUUUCGCUUAUUCUUAAAAAAAGAACCCAACUGAAUGCUCUUCAUACAGACCAAUUUCUUUACUUAAGGAAUUUUAGUUGAUACUAAAAUUCAAUCCAAAGUUUUGGCUCAUGGACUUGAAAAUAUUUUACCAUUUAUCAUAUCUGAUGAUAAGACUGGAUUUGUUAAAAAUCACUAUUCCCAUUUUAAUAUUCGUCAUUUACUGAAUGUUAUGUAUUUUCCUUCUAAGGAGAUAUUGGAAUGCAUGAUAUCUCUAGACACUGAGAAUGUUUUUGAUUGGGUUAAAUGGAAUUAUUUAUUUAAAGCCUUAGAAAAAUUUAACUUUGGGACCGGUUUCAUUCAAUGGAUUAAAUUACUUUAUUUAUCA